AUGGCGAAAGAAGAUGAAUCCCCGAAAACCCCAAUUACCCCAAAGCCGAGUCCCAAUGUUGAAAAGGAGAAAUCUCCAUUGACAAUUUAUUCCCAGUCCAGUUCUUCACAUCCCGUUGAUAACAACAACAACAACGUUGUUCCUGCUAAGGUUGCCAAUGGCGAUUCUACUACCCCUACCAAGAAUCCCCAGACUCCUAAGGACUUUAUACUUUCUGUGGCUUCUAAAAUUGCGGCUCAGCCUCUUCAGAACUCUGAUCCUCAAGUCUGGGGCGUCCUUACUGCUAUUUCUGACACCGCCCGCAAGCGCUCCCAGGGCAUGAAUAUGCUUUUGGUAUCAAAUGAACAUAGCAUUGGUCGAUUAGUCAAGGAUGCACCUUUCCAGAUUAUAUCGCCAGCAGUUAGUGCACAUCACUGCAAGAUAUAUAAGAAGAGGGCUAGCAGCGAUGAGGAUAAUUCAUUCAAUGGCUCUGCAUCUGUAUUCUUAAAAGACACCAGCACAAAUGGGACAUAUGUUAACUGGGAAAAGUUAAGUAAAGGUGGCCCUGAAGUGAAGCUCUGUCAUGGUGACAUUGUCUCAGUCGCAUUUCCUCCUGAACAUGGAUCUGCCUUUGCUUUUGUAUUUCGAGAAGUUCUAAGAUCUUCGUCCCAUGGUGAUUCUUCACCUUUGAAGAGAAAAUCAGGGGAGCCUGUUUCUGCGAGCAAGAAGCUAAAAGGAAUUGGAAUUGGUGCCACGGAAGGCCCAAUCUCACUUGACGAUUUCAAGAGCUUACAAAGAUCAAACACGGAGCUGAGGAAGAUGUUAGAAGAGCACGUUUUGACAAUUGAGUCCUUGCGAAGUGAAAACCGUGCUGCCAUCGAGCGACAUGAAGUUGAGAUGAAAGAUUUGAAGGAGUCAAUUUCAGAAAGUUAUGUUGUAAAAUUGAAGGAACUACAGCAGUUGGCAGAAGCCAAAGAGAAGGAACUGAUGAAUUUGAACAAAAUCUCUGCUGAACAGAAGCAUGCUCUGGAUGACCUGAAUGAAAGACUUAAUGCAUCUUUGCAGUCUUGUGUUGAAGCUAAUGAAGUUAUAACUAGCCAAAAGGCUUCCAUAUCAGAACUAAAAGCCCUUUUAGCCGAAGAGCAUGAACAGAGGAGGGAAGAACGAGAAAAGGCUGCAGCAGAUCUGAAAGCCUCAAUUCAGAGGAUCCAAGCUGAGGCACAGGAUGAAGUGAAAAGAAUUUCAGAUGCUGCAGAUAAGCGUGAGAAGGAGCAGCAAGAAAUGAUUAACAAACUUCAGGAAUCAGAGAAAGAAAGGUGCUCUUUGGUUGAGACUCUCAGAUCCAAACUGGAAGACACCAGGGAAAAGCUGGUUGUCUCUGAGAAUAAAGUUCGUCAACUAGAAGCUCAGGUUCGUGAGGAGCAAUCAGCUUCUGCUACUAUUACAAAGAAAAAGGAUGAACUUGAGCUUGAUAACAAGAGAUUGAAGAAAGAACUUGAAAGUGAAAAGGCUGCUCGAGAGGAAGCAUGGGCAAAGGUUUCUGCUCUCGAACUUGAGAUAAAUGCCGCUAUGCGAGAUUUAGACUUUGAAAGACGUAGAUUAAAAGGUGCCAGAGAGCGAAUCAUGCUUCGGGAAACCCAACUCCGGUCUUUUUAUUCUACAACAGAGGAAAUCCAAGUUUUGUUUGCCAAACAGCAGGAGCAGCUAAAGGCCAUGCAGAGGACAUUAGAGGAUGAAGAAAAUUAUCAAACUACAUCAUUAGAUUUCGACUUGAAUCUUCCAAAUGGAAACAUAAAAGAAUUACUUGGUACAGAGAAGGGUAUCAAUAAUCAUUUCUUCGAUGCUGCUAAGGCUUUUUCCAGUACGUCCACCCGAAGUAAUGGCAGAGUCCAUGUAAGUUCAUCAAGUGAUGAAGCAAGUGUCACUGAGAAGCAUGACUGCAAUAUGAAAAUUCACGGCAAUGAUGAAGAUACUCAGGAGGUAGAAUUCACCGGUGUUCGACCCACUGUGCAGGGUGGCUUUGGUUCUGACAUUAAUGGUUUGGGGACAGCACCAAUUAUAGAGGAAGAUCUUGUUGGGACUGAGAAAAAUCAUGAAACUGAUGGUAUGGAAACAGCGCCGGUUUUAGAAGGAGACCUUCAUGCAACUGAAGCUAUUUUCCAGACUGAAGUAGCUGGAUUGAAUGGUAUAGAUUUAAAUAAAUGUGGGGCAAUAGUGGCGGACACAAUUGAACUUGAUGAUGAGACCAACGGCCAAAACAUGGUGCAGGAUCAACAUGUUCCCGGUAAGGAGUCGGAUCAUAUGAAUUUCCAUUAUCUUGUGGACACACAACCUGGAGGCAGCAUCAGAACAGCGGAUCUCUUGACUUCAGAGGUUCCCGGGAGCUGGGCUGAUAGUACUGCUCCUUCCGUCUAUGGAGAGAACGACACUCAAAAGAGCAAAGGCAAUGAGGAUGAUCAUGUUGCUUUGCAUGAUGCCAAUGGUAUCGUAGCUGAAAGUCAAACUGCCCCUAUUUCCAAGCUUGUGGGUACCAAAUGGAAUGAAGAACAGGAGCUGCUAGGGGAGACGACUGGUUCUGAGGUUCCAUAUAAGAACGGCCAAUCUAAUUGCGCAGUUAGAAGUCAAAGUAAAGAGGUAGCCGAAAGAGUAGAUAUCUCUGACUCCGAUACAGAAGGUAGCUGUAGUAAUGGUGGUGGUAGCAGCGAAGUAAAUACUGAUGGUGAAUCAGAUGAUGAGACAAUUGACAGUGAUGGAGGAAAGGAGGAUCUGGGAUCUCAUGAUGCAAUGGAUGAAGAUGAUAUUGAUGUCAGCGGAGACUCAGAUCAAGAAUAG